GAAAUGAAUUUUUCUUUCAGAUUUUUGUUCCCUAUUUUAAAUCCCAUUGCUGGUUGCCUGUGUUCCAGCUGGAGAGUCGUAAUACAAGUAGCAACACCACAGUCACAUAACAAAUAAUUUCUGGUUAAGUAUCAAAUUCUUAUUCAAGAAAGCUAGGUGGUAAUAUUUUGUUAACAAUACAAUGACGUCACUAAAUGACGUAUAUAUUUAUAAAUAAUAUGGUAGAGUCGAUUUUGGUUUAAGGUGAACUCGCAAAAAAAUAAAGACUAGUUUUGAUUUGCCAAUGAGAGUACUGAGAUUCUGUAAAGAUCAAUAAAAAUUUUGCAUCCUUUCUUUCUUACUAAAAUAUACUAAACCUCCAUUCCUAAAUAUUAUUAUUAUUAUUAUUAUAAUUAUUAUAUUAUUAUUAUAUUAUUGAAAUGAUACAAUCCUCCCAAUGAAUCAGAUGCUAUAUUCUAGCAAGCUAGGUAGACAAAAUAGGGGAAUUCCCGGUUUCCGAAAUCGCCGGUACCCAAGAAAGGUGGAUUUGAUGCAAGGGUACACAUUCAGCAGAGGCUUUAGGAAGGAAGACACGAUGAUGGCGAAAAUCUCUAUUAUUAUAGUGUUAAUACAGUUAGCAAACGCUGGAACCAGCCAAUCACAGCCAAAAAAAGAAGAUACUCUACAUAAAGAGUUCCCAAACACAUAUAAAGAGUACAGUGGAGAAAUGGAGAGGCAGGUUGCGGAGGUUAUGAGCGCCCUCAAGCAUAUAUACCACAAGGAUAUAAAACCCAUAGAAGACCUUUACGAAUAUCAUGAUUUUCAGGGAAACUACCAUUUAACAGAUGGUGAUAUUGAUGCCAAUCCAAUGGUCCUGACACUGGGUCCCUGGAGUUCUGGUAAAUCCACACUGAUCAACUAUAUACUAGAGCUUGAUGAAAAUGGGCCUCACCAGCCUACAGGUUCUGAACCAACUACCUCUGAGUUCACUAUUCUGAUGCAUGGGAAUAUACCACGCAAGGUGGACGGUACUGCCCUCGUCACAGAUGACCGCAAACCCUACACCUUUCUCGCAAAUUUCGGCACAGGAUUUCUUGAGCGACUGUUGGGAUAUGAACUGCCAUCGGAUAUACUCAAGAAGGUCACUUUUGUAGAUACGCCAGGGAUCAUCGAGAAUCGUAGGCAACAGGAGAGGGGUUAUCCGUUCAACGAUGUGAUGCACUGGUUUAUAGAUAGGGCCGAUUUGAUACUCGUAGUGUUUGAUCCAACAAAACUCGAUGUUGGUACAGAGCUCGAAUCUAUAUUUUAUCGUCUAAAAGGACACGAGUCCAAAAUCAAAAUCAUCAUGAAUAAGGCAGAUGUUUUAGACACGGGGGAGUUGAUGCGGGUGUAUGGCGCCCUCUUCUGGAAUCUCUCGCCACUCAUCAAUGUCACUGAGCCACCACGAGUGUAUGUUGGCUCAUUUUGGUCAAAACAAUUCAAGGACGAUGAGUUCAAGAAUCUAUUCUUGCACGAAGAAUAUUUGCUUGGUGUCGACCUACACAUGAUUGUACUUAACCACGUACAAUCAAAAAUAUCAACAAUAAGGCAACGUGCAAUAUCAGCGCGCAUACACGCGCUCACAGUGCACGCCUACAAACAAAGAUUCAAUCAACAUUCAUCGUCGGUAUAUAAUAAUGAGAGAAAAAAGCAGGAAAUAUUCGCCAACCCUGCCAAGUACUCGGUGUUUCAACUUGUGCUGUCUAACGCAAAUGUCAGUCGAUUUGACCUCCCUAGUUCACAGAGUAUGUCAAAUUUCUUUCGGAUACAUCCGUUGGAUUCAUUUCAACUGCUCAACAGCAACAUGGUCAGUAAUUUGUUCUAUAGUUGUCCUUUGAAACUGAUUGAAACUGCGAUAUUUGGCAAGUUACCUGAUUUACUAAAGUUACUGAAUGAUAAUGACCUGCAACAAAUUAGUGAAAAACAACAAACUAGUGAAAAACAAAAAACUGAAUUAUGAUAUAUUAUGUAUGAUAUAAAAUAUGAUAGGAUCAAGAGUGCAUAUGAUAAAAUAAAUCUCUUAAUAAAUCUUGCAGGUGUGGAGUGGAAUAGCUUGGAGGUGAAGAUGCUUGCCUCCCAAUCCCAGGGUCCUGGGUUCAAUUCCUGUUAGUGUUGCAGGAUUUUUUUCUGUAAUAUCAUUUUUAAAGAUUUUCCAGAAUUUCACCAUAGAUAUUAUUAACUUUAAAUUGGAAUUCUGUGAAUUCAUUUUAAAUAAUAUUUAUAAAAUAAAAUUAUUCUCUUAUGGAUGGUGUUAUAUAUUCAAGAAACAGAUGUAAAUUUACAACCUUGUAGGAAAGUAACUUAAUUUAUUCUAAGACCAAACUCAAUUUUUACUGGUAAAUUUGACCAUAUAAAGCCAGCCAAACCAGUGCAACGUGAAGUAUUGCCUCUUUUAAUUGGAGUUCAAUGACUUCCAAAAACAAUACAUAUAAUUAUUAUAGCCUAGGCCUGGAAUGAUGUUUAUUUAUUGAAAGAAAACCAGCCUAUGAUACCUAGGACAAAUAAGUGCUUUUUUUUAUUCUACCAACACACAAUUUUUUACUGGUUGGUCAGUUAUUUUUACUGGUAAAAUUGAAGGCUAAAAUGACUUCAAGAGAACACUGAAACUAGUACCCUAGUCUCAUGUAAGUAGGACCUUAUCAAUCCACACUUUAAAAGUUAUUUUAAAAGUGCAGUUGGGUUGCAACCAGGAAGGCGGAUUUCCACUGUGUUUGCUGAGCCAUGGAGAUCCUUUGGUCCUGGUUCAAUUCCCAUCGCUACUCUCUUUGUGUUUCAGCUGGAGGGCUGAAACGCAAAUUAAGAUAGCGCACCGUCUUUCGGAUGAGACAUUUAAGCUGUUCGUCCCAUGUGCAUUAUGACCCAUGUGUACGUUAAAGAAGUACACUCUUUGAACAGGAGUAGAAGAUUGUCUCCCAUUGCACUGCCCAAUCACCACCAGAAGGACCCCCACCGGAAAUAAGUAUUCAAACUUCCAUGGGUUAUCCUUAGUGUUUACACCGAAUAAAUCCAUCCAUCCAGAGCUUCAUGUGCACCAAAAUAUCCUGGUGGAGUCCAGUUGAAGAGCUCUUGUUGAAGUCAGGGGGAUUCCAGGUUGAAAAACAAAUCCCCCUGGAGUUGAAGCAUUCAAGCAUGCAAAUGUUGAUUUUCAUCAUCAUUUUUGAUGCAAGGGGAGGGGGUGGUGAAAUUACUUGUAAAAAUGAAAAUAUUUUAUAUUUGUCCAAAACAUUUAAUAAUUUCAUAAAAUAUAAGUUUUUUUAUUUUGCAUUCUUGAAAGCACUGUGAUUAAUAGGUUUACAAUCAUGUUAAAACCACCCCCUUCCCCCAACAUACUGUUACAUAAUGUCAAUAAUAGCCAGUUAUUCAUUACUAAGCAGUACCUUGAGAAUAUAAAUUCUCAAGAUGGCAAAUACGCUAAUAGUUUGUUAAAAAAGAAUUUUGAGCAUUUUAAAAGAGUUACUCAUGCAUACGCGCACAUCAUGACGCAUGUGCGCAUCUUUUUAUGCUGAUAUUGCAUGUUGCUUGAUCAUUGAUAUUUGAGCCCCUUAGUGAAACAACUGAAUGGUAUUGGUAAUGGUAUUAGUACUUGUACUCGUUGCUAUUAUAGACAAAUAAAAUUCAACCUG